UUCGGCAUCAGCAUGACGUUUCGAAUGUCUGUUUACACGCAGCGUUGUCAAAAUUUAUGCUGUAAAGCAUAAAAGUUUGAGUUUUUCGUAAAUUUUCAUCGAAAUUUGAUGAAUUUUUCGUGAAAAAACGGCCGCAUUCUUGUGGAGCAAGUUCGAUUCGGUCGUGUGAAGAUGGUGAUGUGUCGGGCCUGCGGCGAUCAACCCGGUGAUCCAACCCGCCUCACCGAAAGUUUGCAAAAGUACUUGGACAUCUACUACAAUCUCACCUCGAUUAGGUUGACCCCGGAUGAGGACCCCGAGAGGCAACGGAUUUGCGAGGCAUGCCACGCAAAGCUGCUGGAGUACAACAAGUUCCGAUCGGUUUGCCUUCAGGUUCACUACAAGCUGACCGAAAUUAAAGCGGAAAUUGAUUUUGAACGUCGGAGUCCUGAAACCAUAGAAUGCCAGCCACUAGUAUUGCCACUUAAGGUGGAAGCGCUUGAUUUCGAGCAGAAAGAUCCGGAACUGGUUGUGGAGGUUGAGAAGAAAGAUUUCGAAGACGAUGAUGACGAUGACAACAACGAGGAAGAUGAUGAUGAUGAUCAGUUGGAUGUGAAGGAUCUAGACUUUAACCAAGAUGACUCAGACGAAAGCGAAGAAGACCGUAAACCUCUGAAGCAGAGGAAGAAACGGAAGCGCCGAAAGAAGGGUGAAGAACCCAAGGAACAGCGUUUUGGCUGCCAUCAAUGCGAUAAGAAGUUCCGAACCGAUGAGCGGCUCCAGGGCCACUUGAGAACCCAUCUGGGCUUGAAGGCGGCCGUGUGCAACUUGUGCGGCAAAGAGUUCCACAAGUUCUACAACCUGAAGCUGCACAUGACCCGGAAGCACUCGGAAGUGAAGCAGGAAUUCCGGUGCGCGUUUCCCGACUGUGGCCUGAGCUACAGCACCAAGCAGGGCUUGAACAAUCACCGGAGGCGACACGAUCCGAACUUUAUCCAGCCGGUGCAGAAGCGGGUCGUUUGCGAUCAGUGCGGAAAGACGUUCUCCACGGCGGGGGCUUUGAAGAAACACAACUACAUCCACUCAGGGGACAUGCCUUUCCAGUGUCAAGUAUGCAAUAAGAAGCUCCCGACUGCCCAUAAGCUGAAAGAACACAUGAUGAGACAUGAGGGCGUCAGAAAUCAUGUUUGCCCCUUGUGUGGCCUGAAGAAAACUACUCGUCACGAGCUGACGGUCCACAUGAACUAUCACACACGCGAGAAACAAUUCACGUGCCAUGUGUGCGCUCAGGUGUUCUCCAACAUUGGCAACAUGAGUCGCCACAUCAAAAUCGUCCACUGCGGUAUCAAGGCGUACAACUGCACCUACUGUGACCGCUCGUUUGGCAAGGCGGAAACCCUGAAGCAUCACGUCAUGACCCAUACCGGCGAGAAGCCGCACGAGUGUCGCGUAUGUGGCAAACGGUUCAUCCAGCCGGUAGCACUGCAGACCCACAUGAAGACCCAUCGGAAGCACAUGCCGCAGGAACAGCAGCAACCACAGCCGUCGACGGCUGGAGCGCCCUAUCAGCAUCCGAACCUGGGUCAGCAGCGAUCUUCGGCCAUUCUUCUUGCUGCUGCAGCUGCCGCCACAACCGCACCGAUGAUGGCAUUGGCACAGUCGCAGAUGCAGCAGCAACCGCCACAGCUGCAGUCUCCGCAGGAUUCGCCGAUGCCGGACUACGUCAAUCAUUCGGUUUGAGUGUGCUAGGUUUUAAGAUUAAAGGUAUUUAUUUUAUUCUAUCGAAUAAAGAGAGCAUGAUAGUGGCAAUAAAUGA